GCAGCCCGCGAGCCCGAGCGCCCCUUGCGCGUGCAGUCCGCCUGCACCGAGGCCGCCGGACCCAGCCCGGCCCCGCGCGGGCGCCCCGAGCCGGCUGCGCGCGCCUGGCGGCUACAUGGAGAGUGUCAGGUUCCCGUGUCAGUGGCUAUGAUGACACCUCAGGUUAUCACUCCUCAACAAAUGCAGCAGAUCCUCCAGCAGCAGGUGCUGAGCCCCCAGCAGCUCCAGGUUCUCCUCCAGCAGCAGCAGGCCCUCAUGCUUCAACAGCAGCUUCAAGAAUUUUAUAAAAAACAACAGGAACAGUUGCAGCUUCAACUUCUCCAACAGCAACAUGCUGGAAAACAGCCGAAAGAGCAGCAGCAGGUGGCUACCCAGCAGUUGGCUUUCCAGCAGCAGCUUCUCCAGAUGCAGCAGCUGCAGCAGCAGCACCUCCUGUCUCUCCAGCGCCAAGGCCUCCUAACAAUUCAGCCGGGGCAGCCUGCCCUUCCCCUCCAACCCCUCGCUCAAGGCAUGAUUCCAACGGAACUGCAGCAGCUCUGGAAAGAAGUGACAAGUGCCCACACUGCAGAGGAAACCACGAGCAGCAACCACAGUAGCCUAGACCUGACCAGCUCAUGUGUCUCGUCCUCGGCACCUUCCAAGUCCUCCCUGAUCAUGAACCCGCACGCCUCUACCAAUGGACAGCUCUCGGUCCACACUCCCAAAAGGGAAAGCUUGUCCCACGAGGAGCACCCCCACAGCCACCCUCUCUAUGGACAUGGCGUAUGCAAGUGGCCAGGCUGUGAGGCGGUUUGUGACGACUUCCCAGCCUUUCUAAAACAUCUCAACAGUGAGCAUGCGCUGGACGAUAGAAGCACAGCUCAAUGUAGAGUACAAAUGCAGGUUGUACAGCAGUUAGAGCUACAGCUUGCAAAAGACAAAGAGCGCCUGCAAGCCAUGAUGACCCACCUGCAUGUGAAGUCUACAGAACCCAAAGCUGCCCCUCAGCCCCUGAAUCUGGUAUCAAGUGUCACCCUCUCCAAGUCUGCCUCAGAGGCUUCUCCACAGAGCUUACCUCAUACUCCAACAACCCCCACCGCCCCCCUGACUCCCGUCACCCAAGGCCCCUCCGUCAUCACCACCACCAGCAUGCACACGGUGGGACCUAUCCGCAGGCGGUACUCAGACAAAUACAACGUGCCCAUUUCUUCAGCAGAUAUUGCGCAGAACCAAGAAUUUUAUAAGAACGCGGAAGUUAGACCACCAUUUACAUAUGCAUCUUUAAUCAGGCAGGCCAUUCUCGAAUCUCCAGAAAAGCAGCUAACACUAAACGAAAUCUAUAACUGGUUCACACGAAUGUUUGCUUACUUCCGACGCAAUGCAGCCACGUGGAAGAAUGCAGUGCGUCAUAAUCUUAGUCUCCACAAGUGUUUUGUGCGAGUAGAGAACGUUAAAGGGGCAGUAUGGACAGUGGAUGAAGUAGAGUUCCAAAAACGGAGGCCACAAAAGAUCAGUGGUAACCCCUCCCUUAUUAAAAACAUGCAGAGCAGCCACGCCUACUGCACACCUCUCAAUGCAGCUUUACAGGCUUCCAUGGCUGAGAAUAGUAUACCUCUGUACACUACCGCUUCCAUGGGAAAUCCCACUCUGGGCAGCCUGGCCAGUGCCAUCCGGGAGGAGCUGAACGGGGCCAUGGAGCACACCAACAGCAACGAGAGUGACAGCAGUCCAGGCAGAUCCCCUAUGCAAGCUGUGCACCCCAUACACGUCAAAGAAGAACCCCUCGACCCCGAGGAAGCUGAAGGCCCUCUGUCCUUAGUGACAACAGCCAACCACAGUCCAGAUUUUGACCAUGACAGAGAUUAUGAAGACGAACCAGUAAACGAGGACAUGGAGUGAACCUCUGGGCGGGCCGACCCCCGAGACCGAAGAUUGGGGAAAAAAAAGCAAAACAAAUUUUAAAAAAAAAUUAAAAAAAGAAAGAAAGAAAAAGAAAAGAAACCACGUCAAAAGUUAGCAGUGAAACCCGCCCUCCGCUUCUUGUACAGUCUGGAGGAUUUUCGCUACAUUUCGACAACUCUGAAACGUGUUAACUCUUAGUGCCAUCAAGAAUCCCAUUUGGGAGUAUUUUUGAUUUUUCUACUUUUUGUUGACAAAAGGGAUUUGUACUCUGUGCAUUGGAUGGACCUGUUUGGUACUUGGGAUUUUCCUCUUUGAGUCAACAUCAGUGUUGUAAAUUCGAUAAACGGAUUCACUUUUAGCAGCAGACUUUGAACUGCAGCUUCGCCUGGCUGAUGCUGGGCAGGCGCCGAGGACACCCGACUGAGCUCACGUACCUGCGCUGCAGACCAAGCCUUCGCCCGAGUUCAAGACUCCAGUGGACGACCUUUUUGCACAGCGCUGCAUGUUGAUACCACUGCCUUUACUCACUUUGGUUUGUUUUGUUUUUGUUUUUCGCUUCCAGUUGGGAUGGGGGAAGGCCUUUGUGUGUGUAUUGGGGGGAGGGGUUAAAAAUAAUUAUCCCAAACUUUUUAAUGUAUUGCUUUUUUUUUUUUUUUUCUCUUUUUUUUUUUUUUUUUUUGGCUUCUUUACCAUUUUAAGUUCUGACCUCAGGCCUCCAUUUGGGCCCAGGGCCUCUUGGAGGCUUCGCGUUUUCUGUACCUUGUGAUGAAUGUUAAUAGGCGUUUUUAUUAUACAGAGCUGAAUGUCAUUUCUCGUCUGUAGUUUUCUGGCACUCAUUCCAUUUUCCUAUAGACAUCACCAUGUUUCUCUCAAGUUUAAAACAAAACAAAACAAAACAUUCCGUUUUGGUCUUUUUCCAAAAAGAAAAGAAAAAAAAGAUCCCAAAGGCUGCACCUUACACCUGAAGGUCCCCACACGGGGACAUGACAUCCUGCCAGUAAGAGAAUGAAUGACAGAAAAGGAAAGAGAGAAACGCACGCGCACACACUCUAGGGACAUGGCAGAUUCAUUUCACAAAAGCAGUAUUGGGGGUGGGAUGGGGGACUGUUGGAGGUUUUUUUUCUUUUUCAUAGCACCCACCAUUGUGAGUAACUGCCACCACAUUCUCUCAGCAUCAGGAAACACAGCCACGAAAGAAACAGAAGAGAAUAAACAAUCCUCAAUAGUUAGACUGUCACAGUGGCCAUGGAAGAUCUUCCCUCCUAUAACUAGGUGACCAGGACCACAGGCCCUGUGCCGCCCUCACCCGCACAGGUUGCUCUGUUUGCAAAAUGACCAAAAAGCCAGCAUGGUGACAGGGCUGAGUUUGUACAGUAGUUCAGACCUGCUCGGUGGCAUUCAUCUGUUUUAAUGCAAAUGAGACUUCACAUUGAACUUGUUAUGGGAGUUAAUGAGGACUGAGUUCAGCAGACGCUAAGGUGUCAGGUUCCAGUGUGCUAAGUCGGUACUGCAGCUGGGUCUGUAAUGUGAGCACCACACCCACCACCCAAGGAGCACAGACUUCAUGGAAGAGGACACCAGGCAGACAGACCAGGGCCCACAGAAUGAGAUGGCUCUAGGUCAGUAUGCCCUCGGCCCUUCAAACCCCUCUACAUUUCCGUCUGCACCCGCUUCCCUGGCAUGUAUUUAUCUGGGGCUGUAGCUUUUGUUUGGGUUUAGUUUGAGAGCCUUUCGGAGCUUAAUUUAUAUACUUUGUACCUUUUUUUAUUUCUAAAAUUACCAAAGAUAUUACGCAAAGGUAAAUUAUUUUCUUUUAUACUUUAUCUGAUGAAGCCAAAUAUCCUCUUAUUGUUGAUCAAAGGAGGCGAAAGGAUUCAGAGGCAAAUGAUGAGGUCCAGGCUAUUUGCCAACCUGAGGGAAAUUACUGCCCGUCAGCAGAGUUCAUUUAGCAGACUAUGUAGGCAAUGGAACCAAAGUUUUUUACUUUUUUUUUUCCUGUUCUUUUUUUUUUUCCCUUUCCUUCCUUCUUUUCUCUACCUGUAGAGAGACCAAAACUAACUCCUAUAAGGAGAAAAUCCGGGGCUACUGCAGAGAAAAGAAAUCAAGACAACAGUAUUAUAGCUCCUGUGGAAAGAAUGGGCUAGCAUCUCAAAGAAAAAGAAAUGAAUGUAUGAUGCUGAAAAUUAGUAUAUAAUCGAGGAGACACUUAGGAUGAAUUCAGAAAGAACAGAGAAGUGUCUGGCCGCUCGAGGCCACUUCUAGAAUAAAGAGAUCUUUAGAACGUUCGUACGCCACUUUUGUUUAAGGGCUGUGCUCUGAUCACUGCGUUAAUCUUGGUUUAUCCUGGCAUUUAUCCUCUGGUUUCCUUCUGCUUUUUGUUGAUGUUUUGUUUUAUUUUUUUUCCUAUUUCAGAUUAUGAUUUGGUCAGUGUUUUUCAUUUACACACAAAAAAAGCUAACAUUCCCAUCCACUCAUAAGCUUAGAGUAGAACAUCUUUGGCAAUGACUUCUGAAGGUUUGCUCUGCUUUCUAUAGAGGGGCGGUCUGUGGUUAUUCACGCCCCCCCAUCCCCCCCAUCUUUUCCAGGCAGCUUCACAGUGUGCAGGCAGUAGCCAGGCCGAGUCAUGGGAAGGGGGCCCUGUGCUUCUAAACUGAGUGGUUGCUGGUUAGAUAUUCAAAAAGAGGAUAAGAAUCUGGUAGAUUAGUUCAUUCUCAGCAUGUGUAGCUAGACAAGAGUAAAGAUAACAGCAUGAGGACUGUUAGUACGCACACCUCAGUUCAAACCUUUAGGGAAUGAGUUUUAAAAAAAUUUUUAAAAUAUACCUUUCACUCAGUCGUACUUAGUCGUAUGUCUUGCAUGCUUAGUCUAAAGACUGUAGCAAAGAAAAUAAAUAAAAGAGAAAAAAUUAGAUUUUAUGUAUCUUUUCAGGUGUCAUAGCCUGGCAGAAGAACCAACUGAAAAAAAAAAAAAGUUCUCAGGCUUUACAGCAAGCAAUCUUCACUCUGAUUUUUACAGUUCUGAUUCUGUCCCUCGGGGGGGUUCCCGCUUCUUUUGAAUGGGGUUGAUUCGGUUGUACAUAUAUUCCGAUGUGUCUGUGUGCAUCUUUGUCUUUUGCGGGGGAGGGCCGAGGGGAGGGUUUUUUGGUUUUGUUUUGUUUUGUUUUGUUUUGUUUUAAUUAUUUUAUUUUUUAGGUAUUGUUCCUAAAAAGGAAUAAAUGCAUACACCUGUUUGUCAAAACAUCUUUGCUUUUUGUGCAACUGCAUCUUAUUAAUACAUUUAAAAAAGAAGAGGAAGAAGGAAAAGAAAACAGUAUCUUUGAGGGGAAAAAAAAAUCUACUGUCUGUAAUGGCUUUGCAGUUAAUGCUGCGUGUGUACUUCAUUUUAUUGCCCUUGAUUUACAAACAUUGGAUGACAUAUUGAUAAUGGGAAGAAAGAAAAAACUCCACACACACACAUCUCUCUUUCGUUCCCUCCCUCUCCCUCUCUCUCUCUCAAAUUGUAACAUAAUUGACAUAAUUUGUUUCCUAUCCUCAUUAUUUGGAACAUUUUGUACAGGUUUGUGGAAUGGGGUGUGAGAGAGUGUGUGAGUGAGUGUGUGUGUUACUCUGUUUUUGAUACAUUCCUAUUCCUUGUGUUUUAUCACACCACUGCCUCCUUGACUAUCUUAAGUUCCUAAGUUUGAAAAAAGGAAAAAAAAAAGUUGUUUUAAAAAAAUGUUCUCUCUUGCUGCAGUCAAUAUUUUUGCAUGAUGGAAUACCAGGCUCACACUUUCAAAGUUUUAUGAGUAAAGUGGUAAUUAAUAAUGGGGAGUGUUGAAAAUAUUGAACUUUUUGUAUAAAAAAAAAUUGUUUUUUACAAGGUCCCAAGGUGUAAACACAAUUUGUUACCUUUUUCUUCCUCUUCUUAGUAAAUGUUAGCAAAGGUGAGGGAGGCCAGUCUGUGUCAGACACACAGUCAUGAUGAGGACCCGCCCUCCACGUGCGUAGGGGUCUAUUCAUGUGAGAAGGCUUACAGCCAUCUCAGGGUGAACAGCCUAGGCUUACCUGCAUGGUGACCUAGCUGCCAGUCCCCUCCCCACAUCAAAAGACGGUUGAGUUCAUAUUCCUAGCAUCUCAUCAGCCAUAAUAAGAGAAAGCCUUGGUUUAAAAAAAUAAAACAAAAUGAUAGAGCCAAAAGCAUUAGAAAUCACUAGCUCUUUUUUUUAUUUAUUUAUUCUUUUUCAGUUACAAUAUUGAAGUCUCUCCUCUCUUUUCCACAUUCUAGCUGAGCUCUCUAUCUCCAAGGGCAUAAAGCAAACUCUGCUAAUUGAAUCUUGUUGGUACCUGUUGGCCAGUGCCAUACCCUCCUGACAGUCUGGAAGUGUUUUGCAACUCGGUUUUCCUUUAUUAUCCUGAGAAGCAAAUGGACAAUUCUAAGGGCGUCUUGUGGGUCCACUGUAACUUGAAGCGGUCCCUGCUACCCAGGAGCCUGGGUGGAGAUGGUGCGGUCUGGGUUGUGAGUAUGGUGCUCUCUGUAUCUGUGCUGCCGCUAACAGGGAUCGUUUUGUUUUGUUUUGAUAAGACAUAAAAGAAUCUCAUUCCUUGACAUCAACUGUAAUUCCAUCAUUCCAUGUCUGUGGAUACAGACAAUAAAAAAAAAAAUGUUGUGUAGUCAGUAGUAAUUACUGACAUGAGCGCAUUCUUAAAUGCAAUAAAAGUGCUGGUGGUUCACACUGGUAGACAAAGUU